CCCUUUGCCCGCAUCAUCGACAUCUUUGAAGUGGAACCCAACAAGAUGUGUGUUGCCAGUCGCUCCCAUGCCUUUGCCACGGUGUCCUUCACCCCGCAGAUCAUGCAGACCUACCAGUGUAUCUUUGAGGCUACCUUGGAUGGCUUACCCAGCAAUUUGGCCAGGAACCGAGGCCUCAUAUUUGAUAUCAUUGGUGAGGGGAACCUCCCUAGAGUGACUGUUGUGCGGCCAAUUCUCUGUAACCAAUAUGGAAACCCCUUGCUCCUCUUUAAGAGGCUUCUGCUUGGUCAUUCAGAGAAAUUACCUCUCAUCCUCAAGAACAAUGGCACCAUCCCUGCCCAGCUGCAUAUUGACCUGCAGGACCAGCUAGGAGUCUUCUCCCUGAAAGGGAGGCCUACUACCUCUUUCAUCUACAUCCUAGAAGGAAACAAACCAAACGAGAAAGCAAAGAAAGCUCACACCGCAUCCCUGGUUGUUUCUCCUGGAAAUACAGCUGAAUUUGAUGUCUUUUUCCACUCCCAGAAGGUUGGGAGAAUGACAGGCAUCAUCCACUUGUCAGUGAUUAACAAUCAGUACGAGGAGACCUUCAUCCACAUGGUGGGAGAAGGCUAUGAGGAUGACAUCACCUUGGACAACAUCCACGGGCUGGUGGCUCCCGCCAGCCUGGAGGCCUCAGAUAUCCCUGAGGUCAUAGAGGUCUUUGAAGAAAAUGGUGUGGAAGACCUGGUGGCAGCUGCUCUGGUGGACCACAUCCAGUUUGGGGACUGCCACAUCGGAAACAGCUAUAAUGACAUAAUGGUGACCAUGAAGUCAGACGUGCCCAUCACCCUGAAGAAGAUGGGGGUCAAGUGCAAGAUCGCCAAGAUCAUGUUUCAGCUCCCUGCAGACCAGGUCCCUGACUGGGAUGACCGCAUGCGCACAGUCAAGUGGGUGGACGUGCCCAGAAACACACCUGGGACUUUCACUACAAAACGAAAAGUGAUAGAGACAGAUCCUGAACCUGCCCACUCAGUAACAGAAGAAAACCACCGAGAGCUGCAGCUUCAGAUCAGCGCCAAUGUGGAUUUUGCUUCAUACCAGUGCCAAACGAGCGACGUGCACUUUAAGGAAACACUGGUUUACCAGACCCGAGUGUUUGAGCUUGACCUGAUUAAUUCAGGCCAUGUGCAGCUGGAGUUCAGCUGGAUCUCAGAAGAUACUGGAAAGGUCGUCAGCUUUGCAAUGCCAGAAAACCUAGGUUCCACUCAAAAAGAUCAGCUUAGCCAGGGCACCCUGCAUACGGGAAGCACUCUAGACAGCGCCCUGGACCACUGGACCAAUGGCUCCCCACCACCCUUCUCUGUGGAGCCUUCUGCAGGCAUCGUGCCUGUGCGGAAGACUCAGAAACUCAAAGUGAAAUUCUCCCCACUGGACAUUGGAGACUUCGAGAGCAAACUUUUCUGCCAGAUUCCCAACCUGCCACCUGGAGAGCAAGGUCCAGUCCUGGUAGCAAAAGGGCGGAGCUUGUUGCCAUUUUGUCAUUUUGACCUGAAAGACUCAGACUACAUCAGCGGUUAUCGGCGCAACCCAGAGCUCCGAGGGUCUAGCAGUGGGACUCUGGAUCCAAACACCCGGGUGAUUGAGUUCACAACUGUGGGCAUAGGAGGGAAGAAUCUCCGGACCUUUACAAUCCUGAACCCGACCGAUAGCACCUACUCCUUCUGCUGGAUCUCUGAAGAAACUGAGAGUCUCCAGAACCCUCCAGCCUUCACGUGCCUUACCAAGAAGGGAUUCAUCCACCCUGAGAAGAAAGCUGAGAUUGUGUUCCAGUUCACACCUUCCCAUCUGGAUGUCACAGAAGCAUUAUGGACUUUCUUAAUCCCUGAACACAAUAUCACAGUCCCUUUCCUGCUGGUAGGCAAAGCCACCGACCCUCUCAUCUCUCUGGACAAGUCACACCUCAACUUCAGUGCCCUCCUCAUUG